CCUGUAAAAAUCAGUAAAAAGAUCAGCUGUCAAAAGGUUAGCUGACGGCAGCUAAUGUGAUAGUGGCGGGUUAAGUUUGUUUUAAUGUUCGUUUUUAAUUUGUGUUCAAAAUAGGUGCAUAUGUUUCAUGUUUCAUUCCUCAAACAAAGUCUGAGCGUAUGGUGCUAAGGCCAACUGGGCAAAACAUCACAAUAGUUAUAAACAAUCAUGAGUAACAACAAUGGAGAUGAUACUUUAAAUGAAAGUGAAAUGAAACCAGACGAGACUGAUUCAAGUGCCAAAGGCUCAAGUGAAAAGUGCCUACAACGUUCCAUGUCUGCUCUCAGUGUUUCUUCGAUAGCAUCAUCAACAUCUAGCAUUCCUCUUAAAAGAUCAGGUUUAAAACCACCCUCACGUAUUGGAAGACCAUGCGAUGGUCAACAACAUAAACCAGCUGUACCUUCAUCACCAAGUGCUCACAAUUUGUUAGAAGAGGACACAGGAGACUAUCUACGCUUUAGCAGCAUGUCACCAUAUAGGAGGAGAUAUUCUUCUACUGGUAGUUCGUCAUCCUCCAUGGACCAUCUCUGGGAAUUAUAUCCGCACAGGUUAAGAGAAGCAGGACUGAACAGAUAUUCAGAUUCCAGCACAGUUUUAACACAAGACACAGACAGCUUCAUAAUUGGCCAACGAAUAUGGGUAGGAGGUACGAAACCCGGAACCAUUGCGUUCAUCGGGGAGACCCAAUUUGCCCCAGGAGAAUGGGCAGGCAUAGUUCUGGAUGAAGCUGUAGGAAAGAACGAUGGUUCCGUAGCCGGUGUCAGGUAUUUUCAAUGCGAGGCUAAGAAGGGGGUAUUCUCAAGGCUCACCAGACUGACCAGGCAGCCUUUAGAAGUGCCACAGUCAAACGAAAUGUUUUCCACGCCACUGAACGGAGUCAGAAGUCCUGUAUCUCCGACCGGCAGUACGAGAAGUCUGCUAAGGUCGCCCAUGUCACAUCACGCAUCCAAUACCAGCCUGGCUUCGAUGUCUACUUCGGUAAUCAUCGACUAUAAGUUAGGAGACAGAGUGAUAAUAAAGAGUAGCCAGGGCUCUAAGGUUGGCACUGUGAGAUUUAUUGGCUACACUGAGUUUGCAGCUGGUGAAUGGGUUGGGGUCGAAUUGGAUGACCCCAGAGGAAAAAACGAUGGAUCUGUUGAAGGUAAAAGAUACUUCACAUGUCAGCCGAACUUUGGCCUGUUUGCACCCAUAGGCAAAGUUAGUAAAUCCCCAUCGAAGAUAAAACCAGGAUCAUGUGCAGUGCACAAUUCUGGUGGUCUGCCUCCAUCUGGUCUGCGUAGGUCUGGCUCUAAAGAGUCCAUGACCAGUGUCGCCUCUAGCAUAAGAAGGGUAAGGCUUGGUGUGAAUUCCCUAACCCCUAAGAAACUACCUUUGAAGUCUCAAAGCCCGGCAGCUCCCAGGCCAUCUCUUCAGGAUAUGGUAAAAGAAAAACAGCAGCACAUUGAACAGCUUCUCAAAGAGAGAGAUUUGGAAAGACAAGAAUUUACCAAAGCAGCAAAUCAGGCAGAAGAAGCAGAACAGCAACUAACAAUACUCAAAAAAGAAUUUGAUGCGUAUAGAGCAGAAUGCGACGUCAAGCUUCAAGAGCAUAUGCUUAUAUUAACAGAACUGAAAAAAGAUCGUACUGAGUUACUUGGGCAGCUUGAGGAUGAAAAAAAGAAAAAUGAAGACCUGCUAUUCAAAUUUGAAGAAGCGUCAAUCCUUAAAAGUGAUGCAGAAGCUAUGGUUGAAAGGAGGAUGAAAGAGAUCGACGAAUUGCAAAAAUUACUGGAUAUAGAGAGGAGCCGCAAUGAUGACACAGAAAAAAAUUCAAAUAAAUUAUUCGAAACUGAGGAAAGUUUGAUAAAGGCAAAUGAAGAGAUCGAAAAAUUGAAAAGUGAAUUAGAUAAUCUUACACUUCAACAGAAAAGUCUAGGAGAAGACAAAGUUUUAGCAACAGAACAAACGGAACUGCUUGAGAAGGAGCUAGAUAUUACCAAAAAGCAACUUGGAGAACUGAACUCUAUAAGGAAUACUUUGAGCCAACAACUAACAUCAGCCUCCUUGGAAAAUGUACAAGUGAAAGAAUCCCUCGAAGAAUUAAAACAAAAACUGAAAUUCUAUGAAAAUGAAAUCGCCCAAAAAAAUAAUGAAAUUUCAAAUUUUAAUAGCGAAUUGGAAGCCACCAAAAAAAAUUUAUCAGAAAAUGAGAACCUAGUACAAAAAUUACAAUCAGAUCAGUCCAAAGAGCAUGCUGAUUUAAACAAAGAAUUAGAGAAAUUGAAAAUGGAGAUGAGUAGCAAAACUUUCGAUAUGGAAACAAUCAAUGAUGAAUUAAAGAAGAAACAAGAUGAAAUUGCAGCUUUACUGAAAUCGUCUGAAGAAAUGAAGCUUAGCUAUGAAGCAAAAAUCAACGAGAAUCUUAAACUACAUCAGGAAAACGCAGAAACAUUGAAUAAAGAACUACAUCAAGUUAAAGAAGACCUGAAUAACGCUAAAGAGGAAAUAACAAAACUGUCUCAAACUUCUGAAGAAAAAUCAAUAGCAUUAAUUGAAGAAAAGCAACAGCUGGAGAAAGAAUUGGAAAAUAUUAAAGCAGACAUUGUGAAUUCAGCUAAAAAGACUGAGGAACAGUCUUUGUUGUUCGAAUCAAAAAUGAAAGAAAACGAAGAAAAAAUAGAAAACUACGAGAAAGAAAUAAAAAGUUUGAAAGAAGAACUUGAUAAAUUGAAAGAAACAGGUGAUUCUUUGAACUCUGAACUUCAAAAUGAAUUUGAAGAAUAUGAAAGAAAAAGCAAAUAUACAAUUGAAUCUUUACAAGGUGAAUUGAUAACUAAAGAUGACCAGAUUAAUUUGAUAAAAUCAGAAUGUAAAAAGUUCAAAUUAGAUCUUGAUAUGAAGUCCAAUCUACUAGACACUGUAACUAAUUCCAUGCAAAUAGCAUCUCAAGAAUCUUCUACACUGAAAGAAGAAAAUCAGAAACUCUUGAACCAUAUUCGCGAUUUGAGAAAUAGUUUAGAGAAACAAUCGAAAGAUGUUGAAAUCCAGAAAAAGUCGGCGAUAUCUUCAAAUACUGAACUCCAGGAUCAGUUGAAAAUCGUGAAACAAGAAAAUGCAAAUUUAAUUGAAAGUUUGAAUAUGGAAAAAGAAAAAAUCAGUUCGCUCUCAUCAGGUUAUGAAAAGUUGCAGCACGAUUUUGAUGUGAAGUCAACUCAACUACAGAGUGCAGAGAAUUCACUCAAAACAAUAACAGAACAAUCGUUAAAAUUGAAUGAAGACAAACAACAACUUGAUCUACAUAAUGGAGAUCUGAAAAGAAGUAUUGAAUCUUUAGAGAGGAAAUUAGAAGAUGUUGAGAUUCAAAAGAAUAAAAUGUAUGAGGAGAUACGAUCACUGAUCAAUUCCUCUGGAGAUAAUAGUGCUCAACUGGAAGAAAUGCGAACAAAAUUAUUUGAAAACCAAACCUUACUAGAUAAAACAAAGAAUGAAUAUCAAAACAAAAUUCAAGAUCUUGAACGUCAAAUACAAGAAAAAAAUUUAAAAUUGGAAGAAAAAGAAAAUCACGUUUUGAAAAUAGAAAAAGAAUAUUCGGAAACUAAAGAGUCCUCUGAAGCAAUAAUUGUUACCAAUACUAAUCGUGUUAGAGAAUUACUCGAAGAAAUCAAUAAAAUUAAAGAAUCACAUAUCAGAGAAAUUGAAGACCACCACAAAAAAUUAACUGAAAAAGAAACACAUCUGGAAAAAAUAAAGAAAGAUUAUGAGGAAAAACUCAAUGAUAUAGAAAUCACCAUUGAAGAAAAAACUUCGAAAUUAAAAGAAAAAGAAUGUCGGAUAAUGAAACUUGAGAGAAAAUGCUCUGAACUAGAUGCAUCCAAAACUAAUCUGGAUAAAGCACACCAACAGGCAAUUGAAGAAAUGAAAAAACAGAUUGAAGAUAUAAAAGGCAAUCAUGAUCAACAAUUGGAGAAAAAACAAAAUGAGAUUCGUCUAAAGGAGGAAGAACAAAAUAGACUACUUGAUACAAUUCAUGGAUUGCAAUCAAAUCUUGAAAUGACUUUAGAUAUGAAUAGGAUAUUUCAAGAAACUACAGAUCAAGAAUAUUGUAAACUUAAGAGUACCAUUGAAAAAAUGGAGACUGCUUUAUCAGAAAAAUCUUCAGAAAAUGAACAAUUGAAACACCAAUUAGAUACUUCACAAACAACAUUACAAAAGAAAGAUGAAGAAAUAGAGAUUUCAAGGAUAAUAAUAGAACAGAAAGAAAGAGUAAUGACGGAAAAAUUAGAAGAACUCGAGAAAAAAUUAGCCACUUCAUGUGAUGAAUCAUCAAUAAAAAUAUCUGAUUUGAACAAUGUUAAUGAAAUAUUGAAGAAAGAAGUAGAAAAGACAAAUAAGGAGCUCCAAGAAAUUAAUUUAAAAUUCAAGGAAUAUAGAGAAAGCAUCGAAAUGAACUCUAAUAAUAAUGAACAAAAUUACAUAAACCAAAUUUCUUCUUUAGAGUCAAAGGUGAAAGAGUUGAAUGUUGCUAUUGAAGAAACAAAUAAACAAAAACAAAAUACUGAAAAGCUGUUCAAUGAAAAAUGUUUGGCUUAUGAUGCUAAUACUGAAGAAAUCACAAAAUUGGUUGAGAAGAUCAAUAUUUACGAAGAAAAGUUGAAAGGAAUAGAAGAAGAAAAAUUGAGUAUUCGUGGUGCUCUUGAGCUUUCUAACAAUAAUUUGCAAGAAAAGGAUAAGCACUUCAAGGAAUUAAAUGACAAAAUAGAAAUAAUGAAUGAGAAAUACAAAUUAUUAGAAAACGCCCUUAGUGAAGAAAAACUCAAAAAUAUUGAACUCCAGAGCAAAAAUGAAAAAGGAGAAAUUUUACAGAAUGAAUUCAAGGAACUAGCAAAUCAACUCCAAGUUGUUACAGAUAAGUUGAAAGAAUACGAAUCACAGAAAUGUUAUAUGCUAGAAGCAUUACAAAACCUAAAAUUCACACCUGAACAAAAGAAAAACUUAAUAGCAAUAUUUGCUGAAAAAGAGGCUGGUGACCUACAAAAAUCCAUAUUGAAAUUACAGGAUGAUUAUGUUGAUGCAUCUACGAUCAAUAAAAUUAAAGAAUUAGAACAAUGUUUAGAAAAAAGCAAACUUGAAUUGAAUGAGGAACGCAGGAAGUUUGCUACCCAAAGUACCGAAAUGUUUGUUUUGGAGCAGAAAUUGAAAUCUGUUGCAAUAAACAAAAAUAAUGUGAUCACUUCAAAGCAAGAUGAAGGCAACAAUUCUCAGAACUCUAACAAUAAUGAGCAAUGUGAUUACCAGCAACUCUUGGAGGAUAAACUGUUGGCUGAAAAUCAAGUUAAAUUCCUCAAUUCCAUAAUAGUAGAUAUGCAAAAAAAGAAUGAAGAACAAAAAGCGAAAAUCGAAAUUUUGGAAUCAGGCUAUAGUCCCGCGGCUGCUGAUGAGUUGAAUUUAAUGGGAUUCUCUUCCAGUUCGAGGCAGCUUGCUCCAAGAGUAUAUUGUGAUAUUUGUGACUGCUUUGAUCUGCACGAAACUGAGGAUUGUCCCAAGCAAAUGUCUGAAGAUAUGCCUCCUCCACCCCCUACUGAUAAAAUUAAGAAAAAACCAGAACCAAGGCCUUAUUGUGAAUUAUGUGAAGUGUUUGGACAUGAUACCCAGGAAUGCACCGAAGAUGAAACAUUUUAAAUCAAUUUUUUAGGAAUUUUAAUUGUUUAUUGAAAUAAUAAUAACUAUGUGAUAAAAUAAUUUAUUUUGUUUAAUGUUGAUAUUGUUGCUUGAAAUCAAUAAAAUACAUCGAAUUUUUAA